AUGGUUCCAUCGGAUGAAGUUAUGAAGACUGCGGCUUUGCCCUGGAGCUGCCAGGAAGGGAAGUGUGAACCCACUUCAAAGGAAUCGUGCGUGGCGCCCGAAUCUACACAUCCACCCCUUCUUGUGACAUCGAACGCUGCGCCCGAUUCUGCCACCAAGCAGGCUUCAUCAAAGACUCCAAAGUACGGCAUUAAGGCAAUCAAACAAGCACCUAAGGACACUGCUGAAUUGGACACCGAGAUAAAGAAGGUUUCUGGCAAGCUAGAGGAUAUAAGCAUCAGAAUCAAGAAGUGGAAAAGUGCACGGCCAAGUAAGCAGCCCCAAGCCGAAAGCGUCGCCAACCUAUUUGCGAAAACUUCUGACACCAAGGAGCCGGAUUUGUUUGUGCUGCCAACAACGUUGCUGUCUCGUGCGCUGUCCAUUCAUGUGCCAGAAAUGGGCAGCUCCAUCCGACAGUUAUACAUAAUCCUGUGGAAAGACGUCUAUAUCAACCAGAUCCGCCGUCACGUCGUGUGGACCUUGCUCGAGCUGGCGUUCACCGUCAUCGCCAUGUACGGCAUCGGUAAAGACAGCCUGCAGCAGCGCUUCGGGGACCCCGUGCCAGAAGAGGCCUUCGCGCGUGUCCAGCCGCUCCAUCUUUGGGAAUACACCGCCACCAAGAUACUCUACACGCCUGACGUGGAACUGCUCGCAAAGGUGAUGCGCAAGGUAUGCGAGGAUCUGUCCAUCGAGUCCGCAGAGGCGGUGGCAACGCCGGCUGAACUGGACGACCGUGUGGAACGUGGCUUCGACCAAUACGGUUCCGUAGUGGGCGUCGCCUUCGAGGAGGACCUCAGCAACGUGCACAACCUGCCGGACCAGAUACGGUACCGCGUCCGUAUGCAAGGCCGUGGGUUCGACAUGCACCUGCGAUACUGGAAGGAUCUGGAGACUCCCGGCCCCCUGAACGUGUACUCGACGAGCGAGAUGAACGCCUUGCUGCCCCUGCAGUACUCUCUGGAGCACCACAUGCUGCACCAAAUUUCGGUGGCACUGUUCGGAGAGGCGACGGCUGCGCCGCCUCAACUGCAGCUGCAGCGCUUUCCCUAUCCGGCCUUCUAUCCCGAGGGUUUCAACAGCACUUACAGCCGCAUAGUGUUUCACUUCGGCGUCGGCUUCCUGCUUCCAUUCGCCUCGGUCGUCGCCAAGAUCACGGAUGAGAAGUGCUCUGGAAUGCGGGAGCUGCUGAGCAUUGCCGGCACGAGCGAUCUAAUCUACUGGGGUAGCCACUUCCUGAGCGCGUCGUUCACCACCCUGCUGCUCAGCUGCAUCUGCAUGCUCUUCCUCUUCGUGCUCGGCACCGAGCCGGCACUCAGCUACUCUGACCCACUGCUCGUCUUCGUCGUGCUCAUCACAUUCAACAGCCUCAGCAUCCUGCACGCCAUGUUCGUCUCGGUCCUGCUCACCAGCAGUCGACUCUCGAUUAUCUUCUCGAUGAUAUACUGGAUCUGCAGCAUCGCUUUUCCCUACCUGAUGCUUCAGAACCCGCUGGGUCGUGGCUACUACUUGCGCAGCCGUGCCUCCAAGAUAAUUACAUCCACGUCACCGGGUAUGGGCCUCCAUUGGGCAUUCAUGGUCAUCGAGCGAUUCGAGCGGUUCCGUGGCGGUGUUAACUGGAGCAAUAUGAACGACUCUGCGUCCACUCUGGACAACGUGAGCCUGUCGGACCUGCUGAUGGUGAACGUGUGCACCUGCUUCUUGAUGAUAUUUCUCAUCUGGUACAUGGACAACAUUAUACCUUGGGGCCCGGGCAUUCACAAGCCACCGUGGUUUCCUUUCUUGUUGUAUCGCAACUUUUUGCUGCAACAUAUCAACCUGAAGAUCUUCCGCCAUCAAAUCACCGUGCUUCUCGGUCCAUGUGGAUCCGGCAAAACAACUGUGAUCAAGAUGGUGACAGGCCUUGUGCAUCCAUCGAGUGGACAGAUAAUUGUAGACAACUACGAUGUGGUGCUGCACACCGAUGAGGCGCGGGAGCGUAUAGCAUACUGUCCCGCCGACAACGUGCUCUUCAAUGAGCUUACCGUCGAGGAACAUCUGCUCUUCUUUGGCAUGCUGAAGGGGCUGCGUAUGAGCAAGAUUCGACCGGAGAUAAACCUGCUGCUCACGGACAUCCAGAUGUCGCCGUACAUGAGCUACCGGCCGUCAACCUUGUCUGACGGGAUGAAGCGCCUCCUCUGCGUCUCCAUUGCGCUCCUUGUUGCCUCUAAAUGCAAGAUCAUGAUCUUCGACGAGCCGACGGAUACCAUGGACCCUCACAGUCAGCGCGAGGUGUGGGAACUGCUGCUGAAGGCGAGGCGCCACUGCUGCAUCCUGCUGACCACGCAGAACGUGCACGAGGCUGACGCGUUGGCUGACAAGAUUGGAAUAAUGAACAAAGGUCUGCUCUGGUGCAGUGGCUCUCCGGGAUUCCUGCGAGAGCGCUUCCGCGCGGGCUACAACAUCCGCAUCCUCAAAGAACCCGGCUGCGACGCGACUGUAAUCGAAGCCCUCUUCAAGCGCUACAUCCCGAAUGCGGUCGUCAAGCUGGACACAAACUUCGAGGUCCAGUACGCGAUCGGAGUCAACCCUGGCAGCCGACGGCUGACGGCCAUGUUCAAGGAGCUGGACCGCGACCGAGAAAUCCUCAAAAUCGGCGCCAUGAGCGUCGCCAUGUCAUCCCUCGAGGAGGUUUUGGACAAGGUGACCAACGACCCCACUAUACAGACAGGCGUCGAUGCGGGGACCACCGCGUUGACCGACUGCACCUCCGUGUACAAGCCCCGACAAGCUCCCGGCAAGAAGAGGUUUCUACGCCAACUGUCAGGGCUACUGAAAAAGCGCUUUUACGUCUGGCUUCGUGACUGGCACCCACCUGUUGUCCGCUGUGUUGUUCCCGUGUGCAUGCUGCUGCUGGCGACCUACUUACAACACCUGUUCACCGAGGAUAAGAUAGUGUCGUCGGACUUCUACAAGGACCGGUUCUUCUACUCCGUCAGGACUCUGCACGUGCCCGCGGUAGGCUUUGUGACGGCCAAUGGUAGCACCGAUCCCGUGGUACGUCACCUGAUUAAUAUUUUUGCCGAGGAGGACGUCCGCCUGACUGACAUCAGCGAGGACCACACCAACUCGCGCCUCCUCGACUAUGCCUACGACAAACCGAGGGCUUACACCUACCUCUUGCUAUUCGGCGCCGUUCUCGACGAAGACUCUCCGGUCACGCUAUGGUUCAACGGCCAGUGCCCACACGCAGCGCCGCUCAUUGUCAACAUGUACCACUCGGCACUCUUGAGGAACAUUACUGGGCGUCCGACAGCACGCUUCUUCCUCUACAACCAGCCGUACAACAAUGACACGCUCGUGGACCACCACAGCAAUAACGACAACGGUGACAGCGAGGAGGACGACUUGCAGGUACUGGUGCAGAGCAAGCUGUUUUUCGCCGGCCUUCCUCUCAGCGCUGACGCGCUCCUCAUCGAAGUGCUCAUGGGCAUAUUCACUCCGCUGGCGCUGUGCUUUCACGUGGCCAGCUUCGUAGUGUACCCCAUCACCGAGCGCUGCUCCAAGUUCAAGCACCUGCAGAUGAUGACUGGUGUGUCGGGUACCGUCUACUGGCUCAGCAACUUUAUCUUCGACACCCUGCUCGCCACGUCCUGCGCCGUGAUCUUUGUGCCCACCAUUGUCUACAGCCACAGAUACGCCCAGAAAGCCGAGUACAUAGUCAUGCUGUCUCUUCUCUUCGUGGCGCACGCCCUCUCCAUGGUCCCUUUCUGCUACCUGGCGUCCACCUUAUUCAGCGACAGUUCGUUCGCACUCUCCGUUAUGGUUAUCUUCUUCUUUUUCAUCGGAUUGCUGGGUGCCCUGGAGACGGUGAUCGCCCAUUUCGCGCAGACGGUGGCCGAGGCGCGGCUGCUCUCGUUGCUUCCACAGGCGCUGGACAUCCUGCUCCGCAUCGUGCCCACCUUUACGCUCACGCGCGGCAUAUCGCAGCUACAGCGCCUGCAGCGCGAGAACGAAAUCUGCCUGGCCUCUGACGAGAUGCUCGCCAUCGCCUGCAAGAACGUCAUGCUCGGGCGCACGAUGUCGCUCAAGUACUGUUGCAGUGUGUUAACAUCGCGCAACGUAAACGACACCAUGGACGAGGUCCAUAAGGUGACGGCUGAGCCGUACGAGCUGUCGGGUGCCGUCAUGAUUGAGGUGUUCGUCAUGCUAGCCGAGGCCGUCAUGCUGCUCGCUUUUGUGGUGAUCAUGGACUCCACCGCGUACGCCAGGGUCCACAGGAAGCUACGAGCCAAGUUCCACAGGAACAGACGUGCGGGCUCGCCCCAGGAGUACCAGGAGGGACCACGACUGGCGAGGUGUCCGCUCGAUUCGGACGUCGGGCACGAAGCAGCGAGGGUGCAGAAGCUUGGCUCUGGACCCAUGCCGCCAGAGUACGCGCUCGUGGUGAGCAAGCUGACCAAGUCUUUCGGUCUGUGCAGCAGCGUCGACAACGUCAGCUUCAUCCUCAAGACUGGCCAGUGCCUCGGCAUAAUCGGCGUUACCGGGGCAGGAAAGACGGAGCUGAUGCAGCUGCUGACGGGCCUCUCCGAGAUCUCGUCGGGUGACGCCUACGUGGGCUCGCUGUCACUGUCACGCACUCCAACGGAGUACACCUCCAAGGUCGGCUACUGCCCCGACGCCCUUGGCCUACCCGACCACCUGACCGGGCGAGAGGUUAUCCAGCUGUUCUGUGUGCUUCGAGGUUUCCGGUCCGACGACACGACAGCGAUGGUGAAAAACAUGCUGUGCAUCAUGGAGCUGACCACCGUGGCCAACGAUGUCACCAGCAACUACACACCGGGCGACAAGCGCAGGCUAUGCAUCGCGCUGGCCAUUGUGGGCCUGCCCAGCGUCAUUCUGCUGGAUGAACCCAGCACUGGCGUCGAUAUGGCGGCCAAGGCGCAGAUACGGCGCAGCCUCAGCAUCAUCCGCGAGAUGACAGACUGCGCAAUGCUGGUCACCUCCAACAGCAUGCAGCAGUGCGAGGGGCUCUGUGACCGCAUCGCCAUCAUGCUUUCGGGCCAGCUCGAGUGUAUUGGCACGGUGGACGAGCUGAAGAGCAAGUUUGGCCGUGGCUACACGAUCACCAUCAGGCUGCGUCAGGACACCUUUGACGACUCGGAGUACCAAGAAGACCUGACGCAGGACAUGAAGGCCGAGUUCCACAGCUGCCAGCUCGACCACUCCUUCCAGGGCGUGCUCGAGUACCGCAUCGCCACGACCUACACCACCUGGAGUGAGAUGUUCUCCAAGAUGGCGGUCAUACAGAAGAAAUACCGCUUCAAGGAGUUCUACGUGUGCGACACCACCCUGGAGCAGAUCUUCGUCAGCUACGCCCGCAAGCAGAUCAAUUUUACCAAGGCCCUAGCCCUAGCUUCAACCCCCUGA